GUAAAAGUAACCCCGAGGAAAUGUAUGAAACACCUAAGAGAAUGCUGCAAGUGGAUUUAUUGUCAUCUACCUUCAGUUCUCCUAAUGAUCCAGAUGGACUGAAUGAUAUCUUUUGGGAUCAGAAUUCUCCAAUGACAAAACAGUAAAGGAAGAAAAAAACAGAUUUACACCACAGAUAGUGAUGAGAUUUCCCAUAUUGUUAAUCGUAUUGCUCCUCAGGUAAAUAGCAGUGAUUUUACAGUUUAUUUUAAAAUAAUGAAAAAUGUGCCACUAAGUUUUUUCAAUAAUUCAUUUAUGUGAAAAAUGUUUGUCUUAUUUGACUCUUGUUUCCAAAAACAGAGCAGCAAAGAUUACUUUUUUCUACCACUGAAAUGCAUUUUUGAAAAAAGGAACAAAAUGUAAUGAAAAAUGUGCCACUAAGUUUUUUCAGUAAUUCAUUUAUGUGAAAAAUGUUUGUCUUAUUUGACUCUUGUUUCCAAAAACAGAGCAGCAAAGAUUACUUUUUUCUACCACUGAAAUGCAUUUUUGAAAAAAGGAACAAAAUGUAAAAUUGGUAGUAUGUAUUUUCCUAAGUGUAUAUCUUACUUGGUUAGAGUGAUGAUUUUUAACUAGAGCUUUGUUUAGUUUGUUUCUAGUGUUGCUUAACAACAUAUGGUAUCAUUUUUCAAUUUACUAAAAUAAUAGAAUCAGACAACAAAUUUAAACUUCUAAGUUUUUUUUUUUUUUUUUACAGUUGGUAUUUUUUUAAACUGUCUAUAAUACACUGUUUCCCCAUUGAAAUUGCUUUUCUUAAUACUUGUUGACUUACAGCAUCAUCAAGAGGCAAACAUAAAAAUGAAAAAAACACUGGAUUUGGAGUUGGUUCUCAGCAUGCCUCCUAUAUUGGGUGACUCUAAGCAAGUCACUUAAAUCUCUCAGUUUUAGUUCAUUCAGCCAUAAACUAAAAUUAUACUUGUCUUGUUCUCUUUCUUGAAUUAUGAGGAUUGAGUUAGAUAAAAAUUAUUUAAAAACUAUAGAGCACUACAGAUGUUAGGUUAUGUUAAAGUUAAUUGUGGUAUUUAAAUUAUUUGCCAUAAUAGAACAAUUUUCAAAUAUUUCUUCUUUAUUUUGGCUCUUAUAAUGCUUGAGUGAAACUGAAAUAACAAGUUUAGAUCAGCCUCUUUUCUGAACCUCUUUCCUUUCUCUUUUUUCUUAUUUAGCAACAUUUAAAGCCAGAAAACAUCCAGUUUUUGUGUAGGAUCUUCUCCAUAGGAAGUCUGGCAUUUUCCUUGACAUGCCUGUGGAUAGUGGCUAUAUGUUGAUCAUAAACAAUAGAUGGCAUGGGUCCAAACUGUGGUUACAGGGAUCACCAUCAUCCAGGUGGAGGAGACAGGAAAUAAAGUUUUUCUUAGUGGCAAUAAAAUACCUAAAUUUACAGCUAGCACAGUCAAAACAACUCUGUUGCUACUAGCUCUACAUUCCAUGUUUGGCAUGUCAUUGAAAUGCAUUUUACAUAUAGUUCAUUAGUUAAAUGGCAUUUAUGCCAUAUACUCUUUACUUCAUAAGUUAACAAUAGAUCUUCAUUAACUGUGGGUUUCACCUGAAAGAAGCAUAGUAAAAUGUGUUUGGGCUGGUCAGCCUAAAUAGUGGUAGAAAGAUAGUGAGUAAAUUAUUGGACUCUUUACCUAAGUGAACUAGAAAUAAUAGCUCAUAUUAAGAAAUGAAUGGCAGCAUUAUGCAAGUGGUAACUUGUGUUUAAGAAAAAAAAUAACAGUGAAAUUAGUUGCUUUUAAAUAUUACCCUUUUCAACUGAGAACUUUUAAAGCAUAUAAAUCUUUGAUAGCAUCCAGGUCUUUUUAAGAGCUUGUCGUGUUCUCAGAAAGAUAUUUUCAUGUUGCUUAUAUUUAGGUGAGUUAUUCUUCUCAAAUAAUUAUUCAAGUCAGCUUAAUAUUUCCAGAGAAGACUUUUUAAAAAUUUGCACUUUUUCAUUUUACUUUCUUCAGGGAUACUUGUUAUACAAUGUGGUUUGUUUGAAGAUGGUGUAUAUUUUCCCAUCAUUUUUUAGUACAAUUCUGCACAGUAUUCUCUAGGAUUAAAUGAAGUUAUAUGUUUAGAUACCUUAUUUAUGGUCAUACUUUUAUAUAAAAAUGGAAUGAGUUUGGAGUUCUUUCGUGGAGCAACAGUUUAAGGAUCCGGUGUUGUCACUGCAGUGGCUUGGGUUGCUAAAAUCCGAGAUUUUUGUUGAAACAAAAGGGAAAAUAUAUAUUGAGUCUAAAAUCAAAAUUAUUGUUUUUCUUAGAGUAUUUUGCAAAGCUGAAAUCUACUAAGCUCAACUGGACAUCUGAGAAAAAUGCUCGUUGAUUGGUUGAGGAUUUUAAAGCACCAAGUUGCUGAUACCUUCUUACCUAAUUUUCUAGUGAAUAAACAUGAGUUGACAUCAUCUUUAUGCUAAACAUUUUCCUAGAUGCUGAACUAUCAUAGGAAGCCCUUACCUUCAAAUAACCUAUAAUCCAGUAAUAAGAUUAUUUUAAUUUAUGUGAUAGUUGUUUAUGUUUAUUUUAGGUAAUAUAAAAAUAGAAUAGAAAAUGUGUAACCUGUUUAACUUGUUGAUUUGGUUUGUGACUAAUACAUAAAUUCACUCUCUAAGUUUAUGCUUGAUUGAGUAGGAAAGGUAUUGCAAGAAAUCCAGGACUAAAAUGGCUUUUUCCUAGCCUUAAUCUUGGUUAGACUUCCCUACCUGCUUUCUCUGCUUAUUUUUAUUCUUAUCCCUGUCUCAUUCAUAAAAUAACAGUUCUAACCUUGCAUUUAGCUCUAACUCAGUCCUGACUUACUCUAAGUUUACUUUCUUUCUAAGUAUUGUUAAUUCUUUCUUUCUUUCUAAACAUGGAUUGUCUGACUUUAAACAUUAUAGUGGAGAUAGGGAAAAUUUGGAGACUCAGAUGAUACAGGAAGAAUUCUGUUUAUCUUUUUAUUCCUAAUUCUAAUGAUUCCUGCUACACAGUUUAUUUGAGAUACUAAUGUUUGUUUUCAUGAAUAUCAUGACAACUGAAAAAAUUCCAUCAGUUUUCUUUUUAUAAAAACAUGUGCUUUUACUAUUGAAUAUGCAUUUGUUAGUUAAAUUCUUUAAAACUUAAUUUUUUUUGAAAAUUAAGCAUUCCCAAUUCUGAAUGUUUUCAUACCUGAAACAUAAAUAGAUUACUUCUUGCAACUUAUUAUUGCCAUCCUCCAGCUUCUCAUUGUUUUGUAGUUUGUUUAGUAGCUAUCACCAGAAUUUAUUGCUUUAAAAAAAUUGUUCAGCAUAAUUAGAGUGUUUUUGUUUGUUUGUUUGUUUUUGGUACCUUGAUGCCUUUUUUUUCCCCCUUCUGCCAAAGGAUGAGAAACCAACAACAGAUUCCAUGCUGGGCAUGUGGAUUGGUGCAACUGCUAUUCCUUGCACUCCCAGUGUUGCAAAAGGAAAAUCAAGAGCAAAAAUCAGCUGCACAAAGUUGAAAACACAAAAUCAGGAGGAAGAACUUAUGAAACUGGCUAAACAGUUUGAUAAAAAUAUGGAAGAGCUAGAUGUGAUUCAAGAGCAAAACAGAAAUCAUGAUCUUAUCCAGAUGAUUUCAGAUGCAGAGACUUUAAAUAAUUACAGAGAUAAUGUACAGACACAGUUACUACAUGAUAUAGUUCCUAAAGUAGACGCUACAGUAAAGAAACCAGUGAAAGAAAACACCAAGAUGCCUUUGGUAAAUGAUCAAAAUAGCAGUCAGAGGCCAUUUGACCAAAAUGCUGAAGCAGCCUUUAUUGCCAUUUUUGAUGGUUCUACUCAGAAAUGUAGUGGACAGUUAAGCCAGGAUCUAUCAGAUGCUUUCUUGGACACCAGUAAUAUUAACUUUAGAAUGAAAAAUGCUUCGAAAGACAAAAUCAUUACUAAUGAAGCGCUGGUCACUGAAAAACUGCCAGAUAAAACUCCAGGAUCACUUUCUCAUCAAGUAGAUAUUCCUACAAUGACAAAAUCAUAUGUGACUUCCUGUAUUAAGGAACCAGGAGCUUUUAAUAGGCCCAUUGAUGCACUUACUACCAGUGAUUUUGAGGAUGAUUGGGAAAACUUACUAAGUCAUGAGCCUUUUAUGCAGAAUGUUGAAAUGUCUGAACUUUUCCCCGCUCCUAAAAUAGCCCAGAUUGCUGAUCAAAAGGAAUUGUGUACCUUUAACAGUAUAAAUGAUAAAAGUAAAUCAGGAAUGAAUAUAAGUCUAGACGCCAGGUUAAGAGAUUCAAAAAUGUUACAGAAUCUUCCUUCAAAGACACAUAACAGAGAAUUAACAGAUGCUACAAAAUACAAAUUGUCACCAGACCCAAAUGGUAAACCAAACAAGUUAUCAUCCACUGGAAAUAAAAUGAAAUUUGAGAAACUUUGUGAUACAGUUAUUCAAAACAGAAUUCAAGACUGUGCAACUAGAUCUAAUCUGACAAAAGUAAAGGAAGAUGCUCAUAUUAAAUUUUCUCCUAAUGUAAAUACUUCUGGAAAAAAGUCUACUUUGAACACAGGAGGUCCUAAUGAACAAAAAAAUAAGUCCAUUUUUAAUCAGAGUUUUAAAACACCUACUAAUGUAGAGCCUUUAGGCUCUGCAACUUUGGGCAAUAAAGCCAGUGUCGGUAACCCAAAUCAGACUAAUGCAUCAAAGCUUACUUCUUUCUUUGAUGACUGGAAUGAUCCAUCAUUUGCCAGUGAAAUUAUUAAAGCGGGUCAUCAGUUAGAGAAUACCUGGGAAGAUGAUGUGGAUGAUGAUUUAUUAUACCAAGCCUGUGAUGAUAUUGAAAGACUGACUCAGCAACAAGACAUUAGAGUGAACAGCAGGACAUCAGAAAGUGUACUUGGGAUCAAUAAUAGUUCUAAACAUGGAGCCAAAAACGUGGUUACUACACCUAAAAAAGGAAGUCAGUUGCUGCAAUCAAAACAUUUGAAUCUGAACAGCAUUUCAGCACAUACAUUUUCAUUGACAAAUAGCUCACAAGUAAAUAAAUCCGUGAAGAUGGAGAAAGGGGAAAUUUGUGGAAAUUCUCCGGGUUUUUUAGGUGCUACAACAAAAUUGACUCUGUACUCUAAGAACUCAAAUUGUCCAAUGAAUAAUCUACAUGUCUCUUGGAAUAAUAACACUGAUGUUCCCAUACAAGUGAAUAGUUCCAGAUCAGUUCUUACCGGAAGUUCAAGUUUGAAUGUGAGUUCAGAUCAUACGAGUACAGAAGUUGGUACCUAUAAGAAGUUGAUAAGUACUCCACAUCUGCCCCAUAGGACCGUAGCAGAUGAAGCUCAGAGUGACGUUAACAGAACAGUUAGAUUUUCUAAGUACACAUUCACAAAGAUGAAAAAUUCUCAAAUUCUUUCCCAGUUUAAUAACAAUUAUAUAACAGGAAAUAUUCCUGAUACCAAAAUUACACAGGGUUUGGAGAAAAAUAAAACUGUCAACCCCUUAUGUGAGAAGGCUGUUCAACAGCAAUCUAUGGUGAAAUUUUCUGAAUCUUCGAAACAGCCUUCCAAAGAGGAAGAAGAGAAAAAUAGAAAGUAUUCUCCUGAAGAAAUUCAGAGAAAAAGACAAGAAGCAUUGGUUCGAAGAAUGGCCAAAGCACAGGCAUCAUCUGUAAAGGCAGCUCCCACCUAACUUGGUUUCUUUAAUGAAAUAUUUGUUGGGAAAUAACAAAGACAGUUGAUAACUAUCUAUGAUAGGAAAUUUUUUUUCUUGAUUUCUCUGUGAGAAAUUUAAUGCUGAGUUAUAAAGCAUGGACUUCUACUUUAUUUAAUAAAUCUCUGUUUGCAGUGGUCAUUGAAGCCUUUCCAUGGAGAUGUAUGUGAAAAUAUGGAAAUAAUUGCAUGUAAUUUGGAAAUUCAGAAAAGUUAGCAAUUAUGUGGUAGAAUUAUACAGAGGAAAGUAGUUUUAUUUUUAAAUACUAUGAAUGCAGAGUAUCAUCAAAAAUAGAUAAUUAUUUCUAAUACAAAGCUUCAACUUAAUAAUUUAAUAGACUAUUCUUUUUUAAUUUUACUUUAAAUAACUAUGCCUUAAGGUUUUUAUGCAUUGCUGAAUUUUAACUAAUACUUACAUAUUCUUAGGAACAUGGCUGGUAGGAAAUAAAGGAUUUCAACUUAUUUGUAAGGAAAGUAAUAUUUGCAGUUGCUACUCUGUAGUAGAUGUGAAUUUUAAAUUCUCUGAAAUGUAGUUUUGAAACUUGCUGUCAUUUUUAGGGAAAAUGCUGAUUUAAGAAGUUAAGUUUAGAAAAAAUGUAUGUGUAUUGGGCAUGUAAGUUGCGUGGCAUCAUCAACAUUUAAAACUGUCAAAUUUUAGAUAUCAUCUGGUCCAACUUCUCUAUUGUGUAGGUGAGAAAUGAAUACUGUUAUUCUGCUAGUCACAAGGCAAGUUAAAGUUGUGCUGGGAUUGGAAUGAUGUUUUUCAUUCUAAUGGAUAUCUAGGCAAACAUACCAUUUGCUUCAGAGUUACUAAUUAGCACAUAAAAUAACUUGUUAGUGGGAGCACUAAUUUCUGUAUAGUAUAAAACUAAAAAAUAAGUAAAAGUACACUAAGAGACUGAUAAACACGUUCAUUGUUUCUUAGUUAAAGAAUUAACAUUCUAGGAUAUAGAAAACAGAAUUUCUGUUUUCCUUGAACUAUGUAAUUUUCCGUUGAUUAACUUACUGACUUUACUAAUUUGUUCUUCUCUGUUACUCUGUUUUUCCUUUUUGCCUGUUUGGAAUUUCCUAAGUGGCAUAAGGACGAUUAGGAUGCUUUCUUCAUCCCAAAUGGUUUUAGGAGGCCGAUGAAAGUUAGAGAUGUGAAGACCUACUAGGGUGUUCACCUGUGUUCAGGUAUCUUAGAGCUAUGAUAGCAAAAUGAUUAAAUGUGUUUUAAGGUAUUGCUGUAUAGCUACAUCAUUUUGAAAAAAGUUAUUUUCAUGUGUGCAGUGGAGUGACACAUUGCAAGUAACGUUUAUUAUUUGUCUAAUCAUAUAUAAUAAAGAACCCAUGUAAAUAUAGGUAAGUUUACUCUGUAAGAAAAUGAAGAGCUAAGAAUCUUUAUCCUUUUCUAAAGUGGCUUCACUGUGUUCCCCUGUACUUUGGAUAGCUCUACUUUUGCUUAAGCUCUUCCCUGCCUACACCUUGAUUCCUGGGGAGUGCCUUGAGCCUCUUUUGCCCAAUCAUUGAGCCCAGUAAGUUUCCAUUUCUUUGACACUCGUACCUGAUCAUCCUUACUGGAAUUGGUUUCUUCUCUCUAAUCAUUGUGGUACUUAUUUCUUGAAUCUUUGGUGGGACAGUUCUACAAUUCCUUAUAUGUCAUUCAGUUGUAUAUGUAUUCUAGUAUUAUUUCUAAAACUUCUCAUGUUGCACUCUUCCAUAAUUUUGUCCUAUUCUCAAUACAGCCUAUGCUGCCGUUUAAAGUUUUCUUAAAGUGACCCCUUUUCUCUUUAAAGGGAAAUGUGUAGUAUGUAGAGUACUUACGGAUGGGGGUGAAAGGGUAGCCCAGCAAGUCUGAACCCCAACAUGUUCUUCACACUCUCCUUUCCUAUCCUGAUCCUCCUCUUUAGUGCUUGUUGGAAACAGUAGGGGCUGAGUGGCCCAUUAAUGAGCACACAGAGAACUGUUUGGACUGUUUCUCUUGCUUGGUUUUUUCCAGUUUCUGGGGAAGGGACAGUUGGUAGGCCUGGUGGCUCUAUUCCAGCUCAAGCUCUGCUGCUGUUUAUGUGUCUAAGAUUGGCUGCAGAAAAACUGACACUAGUAAUGCCAGUAUUGCAGGAGAGUCUGCAGAGGAGAGCCUAUCUGUUGUUACUCUUUCUUGCUGCAGGCAGUCCUGAUCCUAGGAAAACUUGGGUUGCUUAUAACAGACAGUGGUAUGCACACAGGUACCACACCUUGGGAAACCCUGCCUAUAUCAUUGUCCUUUAUUAUCAUGAACUUUUAAAGUUCCUGAGGACAGAGGCCCCUUAUUCAUCUCGGUCUACCCAGUACUGGUAGUGAUUACUUAUUAAAUGUCAAAUGAAUUUAAAUAGAUUGUAGUGGCAGAGAUUCUUCCUUCCUCACUUGAAGCAUUUUGACUUUGAUUUCCUGAACUCCAGGAUUGGAAAAUGUUUCUAAAAACGAUUUCAGUUUAGCCUAACUGAUUCACACAAGUGAUAAUUUAUCUGGAGUAUGACCAUGUUUUUCAGUUCUUGCCAGGAUGUAGUGCAAAAUCACUUGUGGGACUCAAAAGCAAAACAACAAACUCAUGUCCUUAUGCCUUCCCUAGAUUUGAUAAAUGGAUACAUCUAGACGUAAAUUUCUGUGUGUACUUUUUUUUUCUCCUUCUUUAUCUGUGUGUACUUAUAAAGUCCAUUGGCUAAAGCAACAGGAUUGAAAGGAAAUCAUCCUUGUUAAAUUUAUAUAACAGUUUCUGAAUGUUUUGUUUAUCAUGCAUGGUUUUAAAAAAUUUAAAUUUAAUUAAGAACCAUAUAAAUAACACUUUCACCACCAUUUUACAAAUAGGGAAACUGAAGUAAGCAUAUUAAAUGACUUUAUCAAGGUCAUACAGUUAGAAAGAUAUUGGAGCUGGAGUUUGAACUCAAGCAGUGUAAUUCCAAAUAUUAUGAUCUUAACCACUGUCACUUAUGGGGGCUCUUCAUAAAAACCAG